AUGUGCACUGACAGGUGUGGUGGAGUGGCUGACAGGUGUGGUGGAGUGGCUGACAGGUGUGGUGGAGUGGCUGACAGGUGUGGUGGAGUGGCUGACAGGUGUGGUGGAGUGGCUGACAGGUGUGGUGGAGUGGCUGACAGGUGUGGUGGAGUGGCUGACAGGUGUGGUGGAGUGGCUGACAGGUGUGGUGGAGUGGCUGACAGGUGUGGUGGAGUGGCUGACAGGUGUGGUGGAGUGGCUGACAGGUGUGGUGGAGUGGCUGACAGGUGUGGUGGAGUGGCUGACAGGUGUGGUGGAGUGGCUGACAGGUGUGGUGGAGUGGCUGACAGGUGUGGUGGAGUGGGGCUGGGAGAGCGGGGCUGGGAGAGCGGGGCUGGGAGAGCGGGGCUGGGAGAGCGGGGCUGGGAGAGCGGGGCUGGGAGAGCGGGGCUGGGAGAGCGGGGCUGGGAGAGCGGGGCUGGGAGAGCGGGGCUGGGAGAGCGGGGCUGGGAGAGCGGGGCUGGGAGAGCGGGGCUGGGAGAGCGGGGCUGGGAGAGCGGGGCUGGGAGAGCGGGGCUGGGAGAGCGGGGCUGGGAGAGCGGGGCUGGGAGAGCGGGGCUGGGAGAGCGGGGCUGGGAGAGCGGGGCUGGGAGAGCGGGGCUGGGAGAGCGGGGCUGGGAGAGCGGGGCUGGGAGAGCGGGGCUGGGAGAGCGGGGCUGGGAGAGCGGGGCUGGGAGAGCGGGGCUGGGAGAGCGGGGCUGGGAGAGCGGGGCUGGGAGAGCGGGGCUGGGAGAGCGGGGCUGGGAGAGCGGGGCUGGGAGAGCGGGGCUGGGAGAGCGGGGCUGGGAGAGCGGGGCUGGGAGAGCGGGGCUGGGAGAGCGGGGCUGGGAGAGCGGGGCUGGGAGAGCGGGGCUGGGAGAGCGGGGCUGGGAGAGCGGGGCUGGGAGAGCGGGGCUGGGAGAGCGGGGCUGGGAGAGCGGGGCUGGGAGAGCGGGGCUGGGAGAGCGGGGCUGGGAGAGCGGGGCUGGGAGAGCGGGGCUGGGAGAGCGGGGCUGGGAGAGCGGGGCUGGGAGAGCGGGGCUGGGAGAGCGGGGCUGGGAGAGCGGGGCUGGGAGAGCGGGGCUGGGAGAGCGGGGCUGGGAGAGCGGGGCUGGGAGAGCGGGGCUGGGAGAGCGGGGCUGGGAGAGCGGGGCUGGGAGAGCGGGGCUGGGAGAGCGGGGCUGGGAGAGCGGGGCUGGGAGAGCGGGGCUGGGAGAGCGGGGCUGGGAGAGCGGGGCUGGGAGAGCGGGGCUGGGAGAGCGGGGCUGGGAGAGCGGGGCUGGGAGAGCGGGGCUGGGAGAGCGGGGCUGGGAGAGCGGGGCUGGGAGAGCGGGGCUGGGAGAGCGGGGCUGGGAGAGCGGGGCUGGGAGAGCGGGGCUGGGAGAGCGGGGCUGGGAGAGCGGGGCUGGGAGAGCGGGGCUGGGAGAGCGGGGCUGGGAGAGCGGGGCUGGGAGAGCGGGGCUGGGAGAGCGGGGCUGGGAGAGCGGGGCUGGGAGAGCGGGGCUGGGAGAGCGGGGCUGGGAGAGCGGGGCUGGGAGAGCGGGGCUGGGAGAGCGGGGCUGGGAGAGCGGGGCUGGGAGAGCGGGGCUGGGAGAGCGGGGCUGGGAGAGCGGGGCUGGGAGAGCGGGGCUGGGAGAGCGGGGCUGGGAGAGCGGGGCUGGGAGAGCGGGGCUGGGAGAGCGGGGCUGGGAGAGCGGGGCUGGGAGAGCGGGGCUGGGAGAGCGGGGCUGGGAGAGCGGGGCUGGGAGAGCGGGGCUGGGAGAGCGGGGCUGGGAGAGCGGGGCUGGGAGAGCGGGGCUGGGAGAGCGGGGCUGGGAGAGCGGGGCUGGGAGAGCGGGGCUGGGAGAGCGGGGCUGGGAGAGCGGGGCUGGGAGAGCGGGGCUGGGAGAGCGGGGCUGGGAGAGCGGGGCUGGGAGAGCGGGGCUGGGAGAGCGGGGCUGGGAGAGCGGGGCUGGGAGAGCGGGGCUGGGAGAGCGGGGCUGGGAGAGCGGGGCUGGGAGAGCGGGGCUGGGAGAGCGGGGCUGGGAGAGCGGGGCUGGGAGAGCGGGGCUGGGAGAGCGGGGCUGGGAGAGCGGGGCUGGGAGAGCGGGGCUGGGAGAGCGGGGCUGGGAGAGCGGGGCUGGGAGAGCGGGGCUGGGAGAGCGGGGCUGGGAGAGCGGGGCUGGGAGAGCGGGGCUGGGAGAGCGGGGCUGGGAGAGCGGGGCUGGGAGAGCGGGGCUGGGAGAGCGGGGCUGGGAGAGCGGGGCUGGGAGAGCGGGGCUGGGAGAGCGGGGCUGGGAGAGCGGGGCUGGGAGAGCGGGGCUGGGAGAGCGGGGCUGGGAGAGCGGGGCUGGGAGAGCGGGGCUGGGAGAGCGGGGCUGGGAGAGCGGGGCUGGGAGAGCGGGGCUGGGAGAGCGGGGCUGGGAGAGCGGGGCUGGGAGAGCGGGGCUGGGAGAGCGGGGCUGGGAGAGCGGGGCUGGGAGAGCGGGGCUGGGAGAGCGGGGCUGGGAGAGCGGGGCUGGGAGAGCAGGGCUGGGAGAGCGGGGCUGGGAGAGCGGGGCUGGGAGAGCGGGGCUGGGGUAG